UGGUAGCCUUGUGUGAUUCAACUGUGAAUAACCUCAAUAUCAAUCAAUCAAUUUUUCCAUCCACAACUUUUUGCACUCUGUAUUCUUUGACAAUUCGAUCAGCGUUCUAGGUGAGUUAUUCUCUAUGAGUCUUUAUCUUUGUCGAUACCCUUUCAAUCUUUUACACGGCUCAAUAUUUCAUAAUAUUCAUCCACCCUCUGCAACAUUCGAGAAUUGCCCUGCAAUAGGUUGAGAUGAAUACCUAAAAAAUCAUGCUAACAGAUCAAUUCACUUUCCAAUCCUUUCCGUGAUAAGAUUGCGCAAUCUUCAAAGGCUAGCUCACGGUUUUUUUUUAGAUUUUUGCUAAUAAAGAUUUCUUCCAGAAUCGCAAUCUCCUAUUUUUUCAUCAACAAUUCCCUUUGAUUGUCCUCAAAUACCCACCGGUUCAAUUACUUUACAAUAUUUUACAACUGCAACAAUAUAACUACAAUUAAAUAAAUCAUGGCAGACACGGACCCAAAGCCUCAAGAUCAGGUUAUGGCUGGCGAUGAUGAUAAUAAUGAUGAGGUAGGUUUAAAAAGUGAAAGAUCCUGCAUUGGGAACAAACAGUUGACAGUUGCCUUAGGAAGAGAUCUCGGCCAUGAAGCGUCGAGUCGCAGAGAUGGAGGAGGAAGCAGCCAAGCUUAGAGAAAUGCAGGCAACCCUUGAUCAACAAAGCACCGAUCUUAGAGAAGAUAAGGAAGACAUCGAUAGUCGCAGUAUCUUUGUUGGAAAUGUCGAUUAUUCUGCUUCGCCAGAAGAUAUUCAAGCUCACUUCCAGAGUUGCGGAUCUAUUAACCGUGUAACAAUCUUGCUUGACAAGUUCACGGGUCAUCCUAAGGGGUGCGUUCUACGAAAUUUGGCUCCUUAAUACCUCGACGAAUUCUGUCGAGUGUCAUUGUAAUCAACGCUACCUGGCAAGAGAAGGAUGCUAAUCUAGGUUUAUGCAGGUAUGCGUAUGUUGAGUUUGUUGAACCAAGUCUUGUUGCACAAGCUUUGGUGCUCAAUGAGAGUGUCUUCAAGGGUCGCAACCUUAAGGUACGUCCUUUUUUCUACACAUUUGCCAGGACUUCAAGCUCAUCGUAAUACAGGUUGUUCCUAAGCGCACUAAUGUCCCUGGUAUGCAGCGUGGCCGUGGUGGCCGAGGAGGCGGUAGAGGCCGUGGUGGCUUUUUUGGUGGCGGUCGUGGUGGCGGCUAUUCCCCUCGUGGAGGAUACCGUGGAGGUUACAGAGGUAAUCGUGGUAGAGGUUUCACACCAUACUAAGGAUGUGACAAUUUUGCCUGAGUUGUCUUGACUCUAGCAUAUGAUGAGAUGGGGAGGAUUGCUGAAGAUGAUGGCACUAAAUAUGUGGAUUUGGGGAGAUUUCGUUUCUGGACUUUUAAGGAUUCAUUCGAAAAGCAUUCGUUCACGAGAAUACCACGGCGUUUAUCUGAAGCAUAUGAUCUUCUUUGGAUUCUCCAUUUGAAUUUCCUGGAUUAUCACUAUGAUCUUCUACUAUAAUUCUCCAAUAGCAGAAUUCAAGGUUAUAUU